CGAUCCCAUACCAGUCUCUGUGUUAUCGAGCUAAAAUAUUCAAUUUAGAAUUUACGUCUAGAAUUAAAAACUAGCAGCGCCUUUAUCCUGUAAUCAGUACGGAAACGAUAUCGAAAAAGAUCUGUUCAGUGGAUUUUAAAAGAUAUCAUGAAGCUACUGUUCACACUGGGAUUACUGACUUUUGCUGGUAUCCCUAUUAAUUGCCUGGAAUGGUGGCAGUCUAUGUCACUGUAUCAAAUAUACCCACGAAGUUUCAAAGAUUCUGAUGGCGACGGUGUGGGAGACCUUAAAGGAAUCGAAGAGAAACUUCCGCACUUGGUCAAUUUGGGCGUGGACGCUUUUUGGAUUUCUCCCACCUAUCCGAGUCCAAUGAUCGAUUUUGGAUACGACAUUUCAGACUUCAAGGGCGUCGACCCAAUGUUCGGAACCAUGGAGGACUUUGAAAAUCUCAUAAAAACAGCCCAAAAGCUGUCACUCAAAGUCAUCAUGGACUAUGUACCCAACCACACUUCGGACCAGCACGAAUGGUUCCAGAAGAGUUUAAAAAAUAUAGCGCCCUACAAUGACUAUUACGUAUGGCACCCUGGAAAGAAGCUUAGUAACGGCACCAUGGCAAAACCAAACAAUUGGCUCAGUGUAUUCGGUGGUCCCGCAUGGACAUGGCGAGACGAGAGACAGGCUUAUUACUUGCAUCAAUUUGAUCCAGCCCAACCGGAUCUGAAUUACCACAACGAAAAGGUCGUACAAGAGAUGAAGGACGUUCUUGUAUUCUGGUUGGAAAAGGGAGUCAAUGGGUUCAGGGUCGACGCAAUACCUCAUCUCUUUGAGAACACCAGUUACCUGGACGAGCCGCUGGCUGGCAAUACAGACAAUCCGGAAACUUAUGGUUACUUAGAUCACAUCUACACGACCAAUCAACAAGAAACUUACGAAAUGGUUCAACAGUGGCGUGACGUCUUUGACGCCUUUGACGCUGCUAAUGGCGUAACUUCCGUCAUGAUGACCGAGGCUUACGCCAGCCCGGAACUCACCAUGAAGUAUUACAAUUACGGAUCUCAUUUUCCAUUCAACUUUUUGUUCAUCGAAAAUCUGAGUAAAAGUUCGAGCGCUGGCGAUUAUAAAAAUAUCAUUGACUCGUGGAUGAAAGAUAUGCCAGCAGGCUGCACUGCGAACUGGGUGGCUGGAAAUCACGAUAAGCCCAGGCUGGUUUCGCGUUACGAUGAAAACAUAGCCCAGGCUAUUAGCGUUAUGCUCCUGUUGCUUCCGGGAGUCAGCGUGGCCUAUAACGGCGAAGAGAUCGGUAUGGAGAACAAGUGGAUAUCGUACGAAGAUACUCAGGAUCCUCAAGGAUGUAAUGCGGGGAAGGAGAAUUAUGAGAGUAUGUCUAGGGAUCCUGAAAGGACUCCGUUCCAGUGGGAUAAUACGACGUCAGCUGGUUUCUCCACGAACAGUACCACGUGGCUUCCUGUAC